AUGCCUGCCGUCCGCGGUUCCAAAGCCACCCGCGUCAACAAGUCCUUGAAAGUUAAAGUCGCGGAAUCUGAAGUCACUCGAGCCACCAAGUUCUCGAACGGGUGUUUCAAGUGCCCCUACUGCGACAAGGUUCCCGGUAAUGACUGGUUCCGUCAUGUCAAGACACAUUGCCCCAGCGACAUCCCGUGCGCAAUGCCAGGCUGCGACGCAGUAUUCCGGCAGAUGCCCAACAUGCGCGCCCACGUGAAGGCUGUGCACCGCCACGAGCGCAACAUGGUCUGCGACCACCCAGUCGUCGACGCCGCGGGGGUACAGACGACCUGCAACGUGGCCUACGCCUGGGAGAAGGGGCUCGAGAACCACCGCUUGCGCGUCCACAACUGGCAGCGCGGCGAUGCGAAGCACGCGACAUGGAAGAACGACGUCGACGCGCGCAGCCGCCGCGCGCGCCGCGCGACCGAGCACAUCGCGGACCACGAGCCCGAGAGCUGGGGCCCCAUCUACCCGCCCGCCGCGCCCUCGGCCGUGCUCGCCGCGAACGUCCUCGCGCACGGCGCCGCGUCCGAGAUCCGCGUCCAGCCGCACGGGCUCUGUGCCCUCAUCGACCUCCUCCCCGACACCCCUGGUGGCGAGCUCCCGCCACUCCCCCUCGAGAUCCGCCGCGCGGCCAGGCUCCCCCUGUUCGACCACUUCGCGUCGCCGUCCCCGCGCGGGGAAACACCCGCGCUCGGGUCAUCGCCGUGCUCUGCCACGGCCUCGCCUGAGCUGUGCACGCCCCCAGACACCGUCGCGCGUGUCGCGCUGAAGAAGGACGCGCUCGCGGCGCCCGCGCCCGCGCUGUCGCUGUCGCCACACGCCUGGACCUCCUCGUCGCCUAACUCCUCCCUGCCCGCGCUCUCGCCCUCGAUGCCGAUGUACUGGGCGUCGCCCGCGCCGGGCGCGCAGUACCUCUACGGGGACGAUGGCUACCAAGUCUCCCCCACGGCGUACGCGCAGGACUACACGCUGGGCUGGCAGGAGUCGUACCAGGAGUUCGAGCAGGGGAGCUCGAGCUCGAGCUCGCGCGCGCUGCCGAUGCACGCGAUGCGGCCGAAUGGGCUUGGCCUCCAGUUCCAGUGA